ACAACAAACAGUGUUUUUCAUACUACACACCAAUUAAUAGUAUAACCUAAGUAGCAAAGAUGAAUAUCAAGCCCGUUAUCUUCUUGUGCUUCCUCUGCGCAUUACUUCUUAUCGCUUCAGCAGCAACGGAACCGUCCAAAGAUGGAAAACAAGCUGGUGGAACAGAAGAAUCACCAACAAAAAUUGAGGUAGAUGAUCGAGGAAGAGGAUUACAAGGUGGUGGAGGUUGGGGAGGAGGAGGAGGACGAGGUGGUGGUGGAGGUUGGGGAGGAGGAGGACGCGGUGGUGGAGGAUUUGGUGGAGGUUCGGGAGGGGGAGAGGGAGGAGGAGGAGGACGCGGUGGUGGAGGAUAUGGUGGAGGAGGAGGACGUGGUGGUGGUGGAGGCUGGGGAGGAGGAGGACACGGCGGAGGCAAACAUGGAGGACAUGGGGGAAGUCCAUGAAAACCAUGACACAUAUGCAUGCCAUGCAGUAAAUGAUGUAAUAAAAAUAUAAAAUAAAGCAUGUCUUAUGCCUAGUUUGUAUCCCUUAAUUAUCAACCUUAAAUGGAUAACAAGUUCCACGGUUUUAUGUAGUAAAA